UGACCACUGGGGGCCGGGAGCGGGGAGCAGUGGCGUGGAGCUGUCCUCGCGUUCGCCGCCGGGACCCGGAGCUGUGGGGUCUGCAGCCAGCGAGCGGACCGCCGCGGGGACCCAGGCCGAACCGAGCGGCGGGAGCAGGAUGGCAGAGGCCGUCGGAGCCUUGGCUCUGAUUGUAGCCUCCGCUCGCCGGCGGUGGCUGUGGUCGGUGCUGGCCGCGAUGCUCGGGCUGUUGACAGCCAGAGUGUCAACCUUGGAGGUACAUACUCCCAAAGAAAUCUUCGUGGUGAAUGGGACACAAGGGAAGCUGACGUGCACAUUCGAUUCUCCCAACACAACUGGAUGGUUGACCACAGUCUCCUGGAGCUUCCAGCCAGACGGCACCGACAGUGCAGUGUCGUUCUUCCACUACUCACAAGGACAAGUGUACAUCGGGGAUUAUCCUCCAUUUAAAGACCGAGUCACCUGGGCUGGGGACCUUGACAAGAAAGAUGCAUCCAUCAAUAUAGAAAACAUUCAGGCUGUUCAUAACGGCACCUAUAUCUGUGAUGUCAAAAAUCCUCCUGAUAUCGUUGUACGGCCUGGGCACAUAAGGCUCCAUGUGGUGGAAAUAGACAAUCUGUUGGUGUUCCUGGUUUGGGUGGUGGUGGGCACCGUUACUGCCGUGGUCCUGGGCCUCACUCUGCUCAUCAGCCUGGUUCUGGUUGUACUCUACAGAAGGAAACACGCAAAGCGUAAUUACACUGGUUGCAGUACAUCAGAGCGUUUGUCACCAGUUAAGCAGGCUCCACGGAAGUACCCCUCCAACACAGAGGGCCUAGUAAAGAGUCCGCCUUCCGCCGGAUCUCACCAGGGCCCAGUCAUAUACGCACAGUUAGACCACUCUGGCGGGCAUCACAGUGGCAAGAUUAAUAAGUCGGAAUCUGUAGUGUAUGCGGACAUCCGGAAAGACUAAGAGAAGACCCCAAACAUAUAUUAAGCAAGAAACGAAUCCAAACUGAACUCUUGUGCAGAAAAUGCCCGUAACCACGUGUGGCCUUGACUCAAGAAAGGACAAGCACAUGUAUACUCAGAAGAAAAUGUGUAUAAAGGAUAUGUAUAGUCUAUUUAAUCUUUGACGUGAGAGGCCAGUGAUGCAUGAAGAAAUGGUAUGAGUCUACGUAAGUGUAAAUUGUCUUGCUGUUUCUGUGUAUUCUUUCAGAGUCAUUUCUAAUUGGAAAGUUUCAGAAGCAUCCCAGUUACCAAGUGAUAUGGUUUCCCUUAUUGGAGACUUCACAGAACUGUUAGUACUUCCAACAGACGUGGCCUUUUCAUCUAAGGGCUCAACCAGUCUUAGCAUUUCUUGUUGUUAGAGAUGUUCAGUGGAAGUGAGUCUCACAGUAUCAGAACCAUUUCUCCAGUGCUAGCUGACACACACCAUGCCUUAGCCAUGCCACCUGAAGAUAGUUUGAGGAUUUUUUAUUGGUGCUGUUCUAAAAUAUGAGAGCAUUUUCAGCUUGAGCUUGUCCUCACCAUCCUUCAGUGGAUACUAAGGUCUCACUGACAGGCUUUUGUCACUGUGCAGAUAGCACAGCUGACCGAGGGUAUGCGUGGUUAAAAGGGUACAGACUGCAGAGCCCAAGGAUGACGUUAACAUGGGAAAGACUUCAUUUUUCUUCUCAGCAAUUGUGUGAACAAACUGCAUAUUCCAGACACCUCUGACAGGUGCUUUACUGGCUCCUUGCUGAGCUGAGACAAAAUUAUAUAUAUAUAUAUAUAUAUAUAUAUAUAUAUAUAUAUAUUUAUAUAUAUAUGAUGCUGGUGUUCACUGGCCUUUGUAUGACCUCCCUGCCCAGUCAGAACCAGAUCAGCCAGCCCAAGCCAACCUCCCCUAGGCUGGAGCAGUUCACCACUAGCAUCCUGGGGCUGAAUCUGCAGCCUGAUUCCUGCUGCUUGCACGAUGAGGCACAAACUUCACAUCCUAACUCCCCAUACCAUCUCCUUUGGAGUAUGUCUAUUUCCUGUAACUCUGCAUUCUGGGGUCUGGCUACAGAUAACAGUGAGGUCACAUCCAGAUGGCAGCGCUGCCCUUCCUAUGUCCUCUGACCUGAAGGAGGAGGUAUCCUAAAACUUACAUGAGAAUUGUGAGGGGACACCUAAAAGGAAUGGCUUACAGAUUAAACUUCCUGUCUGUGUUUUCUCAAUGGAAAUGUAUCCAGCUAGGGAGAAAUAUUGAGCUCAUUGUUACUUUUUGAUAUUUUCAUUUUGUACUUUUGUGAAUACUUUAAUACAUUUUUUUUCAGUUUC